AUGCCUAUUGUCAAGGUCCACGCCCGUUCCGUUUACGACUCCCGGGGCAACCCGACUGUCGAGGUCGACAUUGUCACCGAGACUGGCCUUCACCGCGCCAUUGUUCCAUCAGGAGCUUCCACUGGUCAACACGAGGCCUGCGAGCUUCGUGAUGGUGACAAGUCCAAGUGGGGUGGAAAGGGUGUCACAAAAGCAGUGGACAAUGUCAACAACAUCAUCGGCCCCAAGUUGAUCGAGAAGAACCUUGACCCCACCGAUCAAUCUACCGUCGAUAAGUUCUUGAUUGAUCUUGAUGGCACAGAAAACAAGACCAACCUCGGAGCCAAUGCUAUUCUUGGUGUGAGUCUGGCUGUUGCAAAAGCCGGUGCCGCUCAGAAGGGUGUUCCUCUAUACGCACAUGUGUCAGACCUAGCAGGUACCAAGAAGCCAUAUGUCCUUCCCGUGCCUUUCCAGAACGUCCUCAACGGCGGUUCCCACGCUGGUGGUCGUCUUGCCUUCCAGGAGUUCAUGAUUGUCCCAGAUCAAGCUCCUACUUUCACCGAGGCUCUUCGAUGGGGUGCUGAAGUCUACCAGAAGCUGAAGACCUUGGCCAAGAAGCGAUACGGACAAUCUGCAGGCAAUGUUGGUGACGAGGGUGGUGUUGCACCAGAUAUCCAGACUGCCGAGGAGGCUUUGGAGCUGAUCUCGGAUGCCAUCAAGGAGGCCGGAUAUGAAGGCAAGAUGAACAUUGCAUUGGACGUUGCGUCAAGCGAGUUCUACAAGGAGUCUGAGAAGAAGUACGACCUGGACUUCAAGAACCCCGACUCGGAUCCCACCAAAUGGAUCACCUACGAACAACUGGCCGACAUCUACAAGAGCUUGGCGGCCAAAUACCCCAUCGUCUCCAUCGAGGAUCCUUUCGCCGAGGAUGACUGGGAGGCUUGGAGCUAUUUCUACAAGACAUCUGAUUUCCAGAUUGUUGGUGACGACUUGACCGUGACCAACCCCGUUCGCAUCAAGAGAGCCAUCGAAUCCAAGGCUGCCAAUGCUCUGCUGCUCAAGGUCAACCAGAUUGGUACCCUGACUGAAUCCAUCCAGGCCGCCAAGGACUCGUACGCAGCUGGCUGGGGUGUCAUGGUCUCUCAUCGAUCUGGCGAGACAGAAGAUGUGACCAUUGCAGACAUUGUGGUUGGCCUCCGAGCUGGUGAGAUCAAGACUGGUGCACCCGCCCGAUCUGAGAGAUUGGCCAAGCUCAACCAGAUCCUGCGUAUCGAGGAAGAGUUGGGCUCCAACGCCAUCUAUGCUGGCAGCAACUUCCGCAAGGCCGUCAACCUCUAA